GCUGUAGCAAUAUAUAUACAAGUAGUUGAUAAAUCUAUUGCUAUGAAAGAAGUUCUUGAUGAUGAAGAAAUCAUUACUACAGUUCAAGCUGAUAAGAAUGAAGAGGAGCUAACUGAACAAGAAAUUGAGAAUGAAGAUGAAGUGUCUGACUCACCUGUGACAACUGCCAAAGUAUGUAAUACAAUACAAACUAUUAUUCGCUAUGAAGAACAGGAAAAUUCAGAGUCAAAUUUCACAUUGAAGAAAUUAGGAUUUUUAAGAAAACUGCUCAAAGAAUAUAAACUUAUAUACGAAAAAUCAAAAAAGCAAUCAAAAAUUACUAGCUUUUUUAAUUUCCAGGAUUCAUGCUUCCAUGAUUCAUCCCCUUACGAUUCAUUUCCCCAUGAUUCAUAUUCUGAAAAUUUAUAUUCUCAAGACCAUUCACAGAAUUCAUAUUUUCAAUAUUCAUAUUUACAAGAUUCAUACCCACAAGAUUGGUACCUACAUGAUUCACUUGCCUCUUACUCUUAA